AUGCCCCCCCCUCCCCUCGCCCAUUACGUCACCGGCUGCCGCCCCGAUCUUCGACCACCUCUCCUGCGGGCCUCAUAUAAAACAAUCAAUGCCUACCGCGGGCCCAGCCAGUCUGCCAGUCUGCCAGUCAGGAGCCGGGACCGGGGUAGGAUCGGCAGACAUGGCCCCCCUGGAUUGGUUCGCUCGGCCGGCGCCAUGCUAGAUCACUUGAACCUUCCGCCCCGGAUCGACGCUUCAUAUCAUCGAUGCGUAGUCCGCAAACCUCCACCAUCUACGGUCCACCCAACGACCCUGCGGCCAUUGACAAGCCAUGCUCCAGAACAAGACGCCUGCACGCCUGCACGCCAGCACGCCAUGAUGCUGCCGUGCGAUGCGCCUUUCCCCCAGGUGGGAGCGAGGAACCGGCCUCCAGGCCCCCAGGCCUCCAGGGCUCCAAUCGAUCUGGACUCUGUCCGUCUAGACCCGGGACGCCGUCGCUGCAAGGGCCCUGACAAAGGACCGGCCCGUCUACUACUUACUACCCAAGUACCCAAGUGUACCCAAGUACUCACAUCUAAACCAAGUGGGAACAGGAUUUUGGAUAAAGGAAUGUAA